AUCGCGGGUUCUAACCUAACCCGUGGUUUGGUUUGUUUGCAAUCGUGACAUUACGAUUUCAUGAGUCACUCAUCUCAUACACUGAGUGUCUGCGGUUCGAUAACCGCUACAGGUGUAAACACCGAACAUGUUUCCUUACACCUGCGGCCCCUGUUCACCUAACAGUUAGUCGAGACCCAAGAUGUUUCUGACGUAUGAUAGAAUAUCCCGUGUACUGCUGUGUGGGCUUCUGAGUGUGGUUCCCGGUGCCUUGCUGCACGCCCUGGGAGUCUUCUCCUGCUGUGCGGGCUUCCUGGUGACCUGGUUCUUCUCUUCUGCUAUCUACCUGGCUCUGGCUACUCUGAAGGUAACGCCAUCAGGAAAGGCUGUGUUGAUCACCGGCUGUGACACUGGGUUCGGUCAUGCUCUAGCUCUCCACCUUCACAAGCAGGGCUUCAAGGUGUUGGCAGGAUGCCUGGACGAGAACGGGGAAGGUGCAGAGCGUCUACGUCACUCAAAGAGUAGCAACCGCCUCCAUGUGGUGCAAAUGGAUAUUAGCAGUCAGGAACAACUAGCCAAGGCACUCAAGAAAGUGAAGAGCCUCUUAAGGCCCAAGGAGGUGCUGUGGGGACUGGUCAACAACGCUGCCAUCAACACACAUGGUGCUGUGGAGUGGGUCGCUAUAGACACGUACCGCAAGAUCUGUAACGUGAAUCUUUUUGGCACCAUCGCUGUGACCAAGACCUUUCUGCCUCUCAUCAGGCAGGCCAGGGGUCGGGUGGUAAACAUCGGGAGCGUCAGGGGCCGCCUGCCCACGCCUCUAGGAUCAGCUUACGACAUUGCCAAGUACGGCAUUGAGGGCUUCAACGCCGAUCUCAGGAACGAAAUGAGGAGGUUCGGUGUCAACGUCUCUCUCAUAGAACCCGGCAACUAUACUGCAGGAACCAACAUACUGACGGCUCGAGACGUACAUCACUACGAGAAGAGUAUGUGGGCAGAAAUGGACCAGGAAGUGAAAGAUGCAUAUGGCAAGGACUUCUUCGACCAGGCUAUUCAAUUUCACCUUAGUUGCGCAUGCUCUGGGAACCCCGAUGUGAGUGAGGUGAUCUAUGCGAUGACGGAGGCCCUGACGCAGCAGUUCCCACAGUCUCGCUACCAGCCAAUGGACAUCUUCCUGUACCUAAUGGUGUUCAUUUCCCAGCACUUUCCAGAAUGGGUCUACGACUACCUCUUCAUCGAGUUCCUUUUCAAGAAGGGCUUCUAACUUCAGCUGUCAUAUACGUGUAUGGCUGUGAGAGUGACCUAGGUAGUCAUAUCUGCACAAAUAAUCCACACAUAAGAGGAUGAAACGACGACGUAUCGGUCUGACUUGGACCAUCAACUCUGUGUAAUUAAUUUGUGGUCCAAAUCGGACCGAAAUAUCGUCAUAAGUUUCAUUCUUCUUUGUGUGGGUUAUAUGUGUAAUGUUCCAGUCACGGUAUUGUGACCUAAAACGCUUUCUUGAUAGUUGUGACAGGAUCCACAGGCAUAACACCAGACACAAACAUCUCUAUGACAUUCCCCGUGUUCGACUAAAUCUUUACAAAAAUUAAGUGUAUUUCAAAGGACCUAAAAUCUGGAACACCCUACCUGAAAACUCUAGAACUGCAGACACAUUCAUCACUUUCAAAACUACAGUUAGAAAACAUCUUAUCUCCCUGAUCCACCCCGACAACUAACUACAUGAUACCCACCUGGUGGUUCAAAAUUACACUCACUCACCCACUGACUAUAAACCCAGAAAUA